CUGACACACACACGCACAGAGGCAGGUGUGUGUGUGGCCUCUGCAGCGGCUCCAAUCAAUUCUGCAACAUUCGGAUUUAUUUUUGUAUUCAUAUUUUUUUUUAAAUUUUUUAAAACACACACAUAAAAACACCGCCAUCAUGUUGUGGACGGCGACUCAAGUGUUGAGGAAAUUCUCCACCUCUUCUCAUUAUUACCAGAAUAAGCUGAAACUAGCGAUCAUUGGUCAGAGCCUGUUUGGCCAGGAGGUGUACAGCAACCUCAGGAAGCAGGGUCACAAGGUGGUGGGUGUGUUCACAGUCCCUGAUAAGGAUGGCAAGGCCGACCCACUCGCGGUGGCGGCAGAGAAGGACGGUACGCCUGUGUUCAAGUUCCCACGGUGGCGCGUCAAGGGGAAGCCCAUCCCAGAGGUGGUGGAGGCCUACAAGGCGGUCGGCGCCCAACUCAAUGUCAUGCCCUUCUGCUCCCAGUUCAUCCCUAUGAACAUCAUCGACCACCCCCAGCACGGCUCCAUCAUCUACCACCCCUCCAUCCUGCCGUUGCACAGAGGAGCCUCGGCCAUCAACUGGACCCUGAUCCACGGUGAUAAGAAAGCUGGUUUCUCAGUGUUCUGGGCUGAUGAUGGUCUGGACACUGGACCAAUCCUGCUGCAGAGGGAGUGUGCUGUCGAACCCAACGACACCGUGGACACACUCUAUAACCGCUUCCUCUUCCCAGAGGGCAUCAAGGCCAUGGUUAAGUCGGUGCAGCUCAUCGCUGAUGGGAAGGCCCCUCGAGUUCCCCAGUCAGAAGAGGGAGCGACCUAUGAAGGCAUUCAGAAGAAAUCCAAUUCCAAGGUCAACCUGGCUCAGCCAGCUGAGGCCAUCCACAACUGGAUCCGUGGCCAUGACAAAGUCCCCGGUGCCUGGGCUGUCAUUGGUGGUCAGCCUGUGACUCUGUAUGGCUCUUCUGUGUUGGGGGGGUCUGUACCAGCCGGUCAGCCCCUGGAGAUCGAGGGGGCGUCCCAGCCCGGCCUGGUCACCAAGAACGGUCUCGUCCUGCAUGGAACUGAUGGGAAAGCAGUCCUGGUGAAGAACCUGCAGUUUGAAGAUGGGAAGAUGAUCUCUGCCUCCAAGUACUUCUCCUCGGGAGAAAGCUCCAGCGUGGAGCUGACUGACGACGAGAAGAAGAUGGCAGAGGAGAUCAAGAACAUCUGGAAGGGCAUCCUCAGCAACGUCUCAGCCAUAGAGGACACCACAGACUUCUUCAAAGCUGGGGCUGCCUCAAUGGACGUGGUCAGGCUGGUGGAGGAGGUGAAGCAGAAGUGCCAGGGCGUCCAGCUGCAGACCGAGGACGUGUACAUGGCCACCACCUACCAGGACUUCAUCCAGAUGUUCGUCCGCAAGCUGAGAGGAGAGGACCAGGAGGAGGAGCUGGUUAUCGACUAUGCAACCAAAGACGUGAACAACAUGACAGUGAAAAUGCCGUACCAGUGUUUCCUUGACGGCGGUUUCGAGGACGCAGAAGACGGCAAGACCUACGAUACCAUCAAUCCUACUGACGGAUCAGUGAUCUGUAAAGUGUCCUACGCCUCAGUGGGGGAUGUGGAUCGUGCGGUGGCAGCUGCCAAAGAAGCUUAUGAUAAUGGACCAUGGGGCCGGAUGAACCCUAGAGACAGAGGAAGUCUGCUUUUUAAGCUUGCAGACCUGAUGGAGGAACACCAGGAGGAGCUGGCCACCAUCGAGACCAUCGACUCAGGAGCCGUGUACACGCUGGCCCUCAAGACCCACGUAGGCAUGUCUAUCCAGACCUUCCGCUACUUCGCUGGCUGGUGUGAUAAGAUCCAGGGUAAGACCAUUCCCAUCAACCAGGCCAGACCCAACCGCAAUCUGACCUUCACUAAGAGAGAACCACUGGGUGUGUGUGCCAUUGUCAUCCCAUGGAACUACCCUCUCAUGAUGUUGGCAUGGAAGAGCGCUGCUUGCCUCGCAGCUGGAAACACAUUGGUUCUUAAACCUGCACAGGUCACUCCGUUGACAGCACUGAAGUUUGCAGAGCUGUCAGUGAAAGCUGGAUUUCCAAAAGGAGUCAUCAACAUUUUGCCAGGCUCAGGUGGGAUGGUUGGACAGCGUUUGUCCGAUCACCCGGACAUCCGCAAGCUGGGUUUCACCGGCUCUACACCUAUCGGCAAACAGAUCAUGAAAAGCUGUGCACUCAGUAACCUGAAGAAGGUUUCUCUGGAGCUGGGAGGGAAGUCUCCUCUCAUCAUCUUCAGCGACUGUGACAUGGACAAGGCUGUUCGCAUGGGAAUGAGCUCUGUGUACUUCAACAAAGGUGAGAACUGCAUCGCUGCCGGCCGUCUGUUUGUGGAGGAGUCCAUUCACGAUGAGUUCAUCAGCCGAGUGGUGGAGGAGAUCAAGAAGAUGAAGAUCGGAGACCCUCUGGAUCGUUCCACAGACCACGGCCCUCAGAAUCACAAAGCCCACAUGGACAAGCUGCUGGAGUACUGCGAAGUCGGAGUGAAAGAAGGAGCCACACUGGUGUACGGAGGCAAACAAGUGGACAGGCCAGGUUUCUUCAUGGAGCCCACCGUGUUCACUGAUGUCGAGGACCACAUGUUCAUCGCCAAAGAGGAGUCCUUUGGGCCUGUCAUGGUGGUGUCCAAGUUCCAAGACGGCGAUGUGGAAGACGUGCUGCGGAGAGCAAACGACACAGAGUACGGCCUGGCUUCAGGCGUGUUCACCCGCGACAUCAACAAGGCCAUGUACGUGAGCGAGCGGCUGGAUGCUGGAACAGUAUUCGUCAACACCUACAACAAGACCGACGUGGCUUCACCUUUUGGAGGCUUCAAGCAGUCUGGCUUCGGCAAAGACCUCGGAGAAGACGCUCUCUCGGAAUACCUCAAGACCAAAGCAGUGACUGUGGAGUACUGAGGCACAGACUCUCCUAACGAACUCUGACCCACAUCUGGAUAGGAAGGGACUCCUCUGUCUGUCUGCCCUGAUCAGACAUCCAGCUACAUACAGCAUUACUUCUGGGACGGUGUGUGUGUGUAUGUGUGUGUGUGUGUGUGUGUGUGUGUGUGUACAGUACGAGUGAGAGGAGAGCUUUGUUGUUUAUGUCGGCUCAGUUUGAACAAUGUGCCUGUCUGUUUUUGGCUUUCUGGGUGAAAAUUCACAUAACGGACAAGUAACGUGAGGUUUUUCUUUGUUUUUUUUUACCCGCCUCUGUAUCAACACAUACAACCCACAGUUGGAUGCUGCUUUGCCAGACACGAGCCGAGCUGAGCUUUCUGACCAUUUU